AUGAAUAUAAGGAGACAAAAUAUGUCUACCGACCUUCGCAUUAAAAUUCUAAACAAUCUCAGGGGAGCUCCCAGGCGGAUUGAUGCGCGCAGACUACUGAUGCAAAAAAGGCAGUUUAGCAGACGUCUAAAAAAUUACAUUCAAGUUUCUAGGCCUGGUUUAACUCGGGAAGUAAAUGUGCCUUUUCUGAUUCCCAGACGAACUAUCCCUUUAACGCGUCAAUGGAGUUCCUCGGCGAUUUCUACAUCUAGGCCAUUGACGCGUACUGUAGAAAAUAAACCCACGGGAGCAGGCAUGUUAGCACAGGGCAGCACCGUUGAUUCUACCAUUAGCCCUAUUCAAGGCUUUCGAGUUGAGGCGAAAAAUCUCCUGCCUUCCGUCACCAUUGAUGACGUCUACAGUGCUCAGCUUUCCAUAUUAAAAAGGAUCGUGGUGAUUAUGUUCAACGUUUCCAUAAAAGGAUUGGUGGACCACGCUAAUUCACAACUAGCUGUGCACCAGUCAGGAUUCCAGUAUCAGCUUGGUCCAAGUGACUACGUCAUGUCAACACGACUGACCACAGUGGACUGCAAUAACCACGACGCCCAGUGUCACGGGCACAGGCACCUGCGUUCUCCCUUGAAGGGGGACGCGACCUCAAUGCCGUAG